AUGCGGUCCCGCCUGUCUUUUCCCCCAUGGCUCCUGCUCCUAGCCUUUCUGGUCUGCCAGGCCAUGGCAGGGCCAGAGUCAAAGUACGCUCACGCUGCUGAGCGUGUCUUUGCCUACAUGUUGUACCGUUUAGAAGAACUUUCACGGCCCCCUGGUUUUGAUCCUACCCGGUACAGCAUUGCCAAAGAUUGUGCAGUAGGAAAGGGCAGGCCUUGCAACUUGGACGAGUUCAUCACUUUCAUCUCUGGAGGCAAGAACGAUGGCAAACCCGCCCUGUCGAACCAUCUUCCCAAAGACCUUCCAACCAACUGGUACACAGACAAAAGCAAGAUAGAAGAUGUCAUCAAAGCAUAUGCCCAAGCUCCAGAUAUGGACGGCAGCGUCAACGAACUACUCUCAUCAGAGAAGAUUUUGCAGUAUUACGACCGGAAAACCAAUCAGAUGAAGGGUUCUGGCUACGUCGGCUUGUAUCAGAUCAAUUACGACAAAUUCAUCUCGGAAGUGCAAACGCGGGUCCAGAAUAUACCGGCUAACCAUCCGCAAAAAAUCGAGGCAAACCUCAUCGGCCCGAAUCUCAUGCCUCUCAUGGAAGACAUCAUCAAGCUGCGCAAGGCAUACAAGCUCAACAAGAUGGAGGAAGAGAUGAGAAAGUUGUUCCCGAAUGAUAGGAACGACAUGGUUUACAGGAUGGAUAGCAAAGGACAGGCGAUCAAGCCCCAGCUGGAACCGAUCGAGUGGCAUUACCACACCGGCACAAGCUUCGCAGGGAAGACCUUCAAAGCUUUGGACUUUGAGAAAACACAGAAUGAUCCGAACAAUAAGACGACUUGGGAGCACUUCCAGACCAAAAUUGACCUCCUCAUGGAGCGAGUGCACAAGGGCACAGCCGGGGAUGAUCGCAAUCUCUCCAAAGAGAUGAAAGCGCUGAAAACCCACCAGCCUGUUAUUGACGCCAUGAGCUUCCUUUACACCAGACGCACUGGGAAAGCGCCCACGAACCUGUGUUGAGAUUGGAUAUGGUGGAAGGCGAUGGUGUGAUUUGAUGGGGUCAAUGUUUUUGGCUUUUUGAAUAAUGGAGAGUUUAUCAGAUACCUGGGUAGU